AACAAAACGAACACGAGAUACGGAGAUGGGCCGUCGGGUCGCCGGCGGCGGACCUCACCGUGUGCUGCCUUAUGACCUCGCCGUGUUCCUACGUCCAGCAGAUAGCCCGCCCCAUCCCCGGGCCGCCGUUCUCCACCUCGGCUCCAACACCUCACCACACCCGACGCCUAGAUCCGCCAUCCGUCGAUGCCUAGCUCCGCCAUUCGCCGACACUGGAGAAGGGAACUCCAUCCUUGAGACUCCAGCAGCGAUGGUUCCGAUGAAGAUUUCAGGAACUUCCUUGGCGACGGUGACAAUGCCGACUCAGGGGACGAAGCGACACCCAUCCACCAUCGUUUGGUUCCCAAUAACGAAUGUUUAUAGCAGCAAUGAUAUGUAUGAAGAUUAUCUCCAUACAUAUUUUCAGGCCACACAAGUCUCAGGCUCUAGUUAUUUUUGGCACCAUGUAAACAAGAAUGUACACUUGCCAAAAAAUAAAAUAGUAUGCAACAUUUUUGGCACUUCAGAUGGGUGGUUGUUGUACAGUUCAUGUGCAUGCUUGCGAUGCUCCAGUGUAAAAUAGAGUGAUGUUCUUGCAUGGAAGCAUCUAAAGAAAUGUGUUCAGAGAUCUUUGGUUUGUUACAGUACAAAACAUCA